GCACCUUAGCUAGCCAUCCAUCGGCAUCAUCUGUUCAUCGCACACGCAAGGCAGAGAGGAACAGAGAGAACGCGUCAGAGGAGGAGAUGGUGAAGAUCCCGAGCCCGAGGAGGCUGUUCCGGAGCCGGUCCAAAAGCACGGUGGGCAUCGGCGGCGGGGUCGACAUGUGCGCCAUGGUGGCCGAGCACGAGAGGAUCGAGUGGAAGGUGCGGCCCGGCGGGAUGCUGGUGCAGAAGCGCCGGGGGCCGGACGACGACGGCGUGGUCGAGGCCAUCCUGGUGCGGGUGUCCGCCGGCUGCGGCGGGUGGCAGCACGACGUGUCCAUCGACGCCACCUCCACCUUCGGCGACCUCAAGGUGCUGCUGUCACUGGCCACCGGGCUGUGGCCCAGGGAGCAGCGGCUGCUGUACCGGGGCCGGGAGCGGGACGACGGCGACCACCUGCACAUGACCGGCGUGCAGGACAAGGACAAGGUGCUGCUCCUGGAAGACCCCGCCGUCACGGAGAGGAAGCUCCGGUCCACCAGCCUCGCGCAGCUCAUGGGGGUGCCCUGCCAUUCCUUCAUCCAAGUCUAAGAAACCCACGCUCCAUCAGCUGUUCUCGCUGUUUAUUUGGGCCAAGAUCGGUUUAAGGUGUGUUAGUUAAGCGUUUAACUGCAUUCUUUUCAAUCUUUAGAGUUUUUCUGGGUUCAAUCAGGGCUUGGAUUUGGCCGAUUGAAUCGAAAAACGGGCGCCGUUAGGAGACAAUACAGUACAGUACAUGUUGUAAAAUAUUGUAAUUUGUACGUAUAUGCAGACAAUGACA